AUGUUUACACCUCCAUCACUUUGUAUGUUUACACCUCCAUCACCUUGUAUGUUUACAUCUCCAUCCCCUUGUAUGUUUACACCUCUAUCCCCUUGUAUGUUUACACCUCCAUCACCUUGUAGGUUUACACCUCCAUCACCUUGUAUGUUUACACAUCCAUCCUCUGGUAUGUUUACACCUCCAUCCCCUUGUAUGUUUACACCUCCAUCCCUUUGUAUGUUUACACCUCAAUCACCUUGUAUGUUUACACCUCCAUCCUUUUGUAUGUUUACACCUCCAUCCUUUUGUAUGUUUACACCUCCAUCACUUUGUAUGUUUACACCUCCAUCCUUUUGUAUGUUUACAACUACAUCACCUUGUAUGUUUACACCUCCAUCCUUUUGUAUGUUUACAACUACAUCACCUUGUAUGUUUACACCUCCAUCCCCUUGUAUGUUUACACCUCCACGAUAG